AUGUUUCAUCUAUACGAAUUAUUAAUGUUCUUUUUGAGGAACCCGCGAGACAAGUAUGAGGAGGAUUUCCUAGGACCCAUUUUCCUUCACUUCAAUGGAAAAAAUUAUUACAGACGAGAUAUGAUUAUUAACAAUCGACGAGGGGAAAAACUCAAGUGCUCCUUCUUUACCCCAUUUAAUUAUAAUGAAAAUACACCUUGUGUUAUUUAUACUCAUUCGAGUUGUAGCUGCCAGCUGGAGGCACUGGACGUCUUGCAUAUUCUUCUUAUUUGCGAGUGCUCAAUUUUUUCUUAUGACUGUUCGGGGUGUGGGUUGUCCGACGGUUACUUUUCUACUAGUGGCUGGAAUGAAUCCCAAGACCUCUUUCUCAUUCUGCACCACUUGAGGAAUGUAGAGCACGUGAAAAACUUCGCCCUCUGGGGGAAGUACUCGGGUGCAGUCAGCUCCAUCAUCGCUGCGUCUCUGGACGCCAACAUUAAGUUGCUGAUCGUGGACUCCCCGUACGUGUCCCUGACCGAGCUGUACAAGACCACGUUCCACCUGAGCGCCAAGGGAAAGGGAGAAAUUAUUUUUAAGAACAUCUGCCUAUACUUUGCAAAAAGGAAAAUAAAAAAAAAGUUCCAUUACGACAUAGAAAAUAUAUGCCCAAUUUUCUUCAUCGAAAAUGUAACCAUCCCCACGAUAUAUAUAAUCUCACGGAAUGACAAAGUGGUUCACCCAGCCCACAGUCUAUACCUAGCAUACAAGCAGAAGAGUGAGCAAAAAAUUAUUUACACAUGUGAAAAGGCAGCCCAUGCAUACGAAUCCUUUUCAUAUGAUAAUAAAUUAACAGCAGCCAUCCGCACGGUCUUAUUUGGAACAGAAAAAGCAGAUAUAAAAAAUGUGUUCAGUCUAUAUACAUACAUGAGAGUUUUUAAUGGACUCAUGGAAAAAUAUUCGCAUGAGUUUUGCUUCAUUGAUUCGUUAAUUAAAAAAAAGUUGUGUAAAAAAAAUAAAAUAAUUGACAAGGUGAAGCGCUUCAUAUGUUUCAAGUACCAAUCGGCGGAUUCCCUCUCUUCAUCCAGCUGCUUCAACCAAUCCACCAUCGAUUCUAUCCGUCAUGCGAAUACGACAAGCGAAAAUGACUACAUGCAUUACGAGCCAUCCAAGAAUGACCUGUGUUGGAAAUACAAAAGUGUAUCAGGUGAACAGACCGAACGAGACAAUCACGGUCUGAGCGAAGAACAGGAUGCACGAGACCAUCACGGUCUGAGCGAAGAACAGGACGAACGAGACAAUCACGGACUGGAGGACGAAUAUGAAUACCCAUUUGGCGAUGAUCACGAUGAACACGAUUUUAUGGGUCGCCAGGAUUCAACAGAGAACCUACUUGAUGCAUCUGCCCUCAAAGGCUACGAUGCGAAUAACGUACCGGCGUUCAGGUCAACAUAUCACCCAGGCGAGCAAUUGGGACACAGGCGGUUAAACCUAAUGCACAUGAAAAGCGCACGAAGUUCCCUCAAGUCAAAAAAGAAGAACACGUACAAGAAAUCCCUAACGUGGGACACCAAGCUACAGAGUGCCAUCACCUAUUCCAAGGAGGACUGCCCCUUCGAGCUGCUAAAAAGUUAG